AUGUUGAGAAUUGAGAAUGAAUUCGAAGGGACUCUCGGUAGAAAUGCCAUCACAGAGAUUGACCACAAGUUAUUGGACCCGUUCGAGUUGCAAUUGGAAUUUUCCUUUUCGCUUUCAGCUGGAUUCCCGGAUCAUCCUCACCGAGAUAAACUCUGUGCAGGUUUUGAAAGUGUUACAUACAUACUACAGGGAGGUAUCAUUCACAAAUUUCUCAAAGGUGAUAAAAGAACAAUCAGAGCCGGAGAUGUCCAGUGGAUGACAGCAGGAAGAGGAAUCAUUCAUUCUGAGUCUCCUGAAUAA